AUGGUGAUCAACUACAGCAAGUGGGACAACCUCGAGCUUUCUGACGACAGCGAUAUCGAAGUACACCCAAACGUCGACAAGAAGUCCUUUAUCCGCGCGAAACAAGCUCAGAUACACCAAGAACGCGACCACCGCCGCCACCAGAUCAGAACGCUCAAGUACGAGCGCAUUAUCAAUGACGGCCUUACAGAGCGCGUCGACCGCCUGCUCACCGCGCUGAAAUCUCACAAGGACAAGCAGGCUGAAGGCAAUGGCGCAAAUGACGACCAGCUGGUAUUUCAGGCCAUGAUGGAGAGCAUGAUGGACAUGAAGAUUGACAAGGACGGAGGAAGCGACCGACCGCCGCCACCGCCAGAGGGUGUACACGAGCAUGUGAAGGAGAAGCCGACGUAUCCACAGAUGAUGGCCAGCCUGGUGGACUCCGUGAAGAAGGACAUCGACGCAAGCAAGAGCGAGGAGCCACGGUUCAAUCUCUUCAUCCAAGGGCUGGAGAAGGAAAAGGAGCGCAUAGAAGACCUGCAGAAGCAACUAUACGCUAAGCUCGCAGAGUUGGAAAAGGAAGAGAAGAAGCACAUCACAAGCGACGACCUAAAGGAAGGCUUCAGCUUCUCGAACGUCCGCAAAGGCGAAGAACAACCCGCCUCAACAUCCUCGUCAUCAGCACCCAAAAAAGACACAUCCGUCGAACUCCUCAACCCUCCAUCCCGCCCAACAGCCUCGCGCGUAGACUCCGGCGACCUCGCCGACGUCGAAGAAGGCACCGCCAUAUCCGGCUCUACCUCCUCCCCCAAUGACGACGACGACGACAUAUCCGCCUCCCCCCUCGCACAGUCCUUCGCGAAGAUAAAAGUCGGCGACUGGUACGCCUCGCUGCAAUUCCUCAUGCAACAUCCCGAAGUCAUGAAGGAGUCCGAAACCGACGGCCUCCUCGUCGAAGCCUUCAACGCCGAACUCGACGGCAAGCCCAAGCACGCGCGCCAAUGCGUGCACGCGGGGCUCCUGCUGCAAUACUGCAGACAACUCGGCGGCCGCCAGGGCGUCGAGCUGUUCUUCAAGCGCAUACAGAGCAAAGACCACCAAGCGGCGAAAAUGUUCAAUGAUGAUGUCGACGGCACGUAUCGCCGCAUCAAGACGCGCGCGGCAGAGAUACUGAAGGAACGCGCCGAGAAUCCGAGUGGAGCAGAGGGCGUCGAGCAGAUCCAACUGCAUGCCGUGGAUCCGGGCACGACGAUCAACAUCCAAGUCCCGCCCAAGGAACCGACGUCGCAAGAGCCCGAGGAGCGCGAGGCAGAAGUGCAGGCGCGGCAGAUAUUCGAGAACUUCCCGCCGGGACUGCAGCGGGCGCUGGAGAGUGGGAAGCUGGAUGAAGUCAACAAGGUGCUGGCGAAGAUGAGUGUCGAGGAGGCGGAGGAGAUUGUGGAGAAGUUGGGUCAGGGAGGCAUGUUGAGUCUGGAGCAGGGCGUGAUUGAUGCGACAACGGAUGAGGGCAAGAAGGCUAUGGAGGAGAUUGAGAAGACGCGUAGGUUUCCGGGACAGGAACGUAUACAGGAAGUAGAAGAAGAGUAAAGAGAUGGAACGGUGUGAAAAUAUCAGAGGUUGAUAUGACUGUAUACUACUUAUGAUGAAUGGCAUCAUCGAACGUGAACGGAAUGAAAAACACAUUAAGCCUGCCUCGCAAA